CCUCCCCCCCUCCCAUUUUUAAGCUCCCUUUCGGAGCCUGGGGGCUUCCUCUCGAGCCCCCCCCCCACAACGAGGGCGCCCACUCCCACCCCCGAGGAUGGGGGUCCAAGGGGUGAGGGCCCAGGGCAGUCACUUCCUGGGGGCGGGGCGCUCCAGUCAGGGAGCCCCCGCCCCUCCCCCUCCUUCCAGAGGCAACAGAGCCCAGACCAGCUCGCCCAAGCUAGGCUCCCUCUAACUGCCUCCCUGGUGGCAGAGGGGGUGGGGCAUCUGGGCCAUCCUAACCUCUGGUUUAGCCACUCCUGCUGAGGGACCCCCAAAGCCAUGGGGGCAAUAAGAGGACCGGGGCUGGGUGGCAGAGCGAGAUUCUGGGCUUUCUCUGCCUCCUUUGGCCCAGGCCCGGCUUUGUCGCCCCCCAGGCUGGCCAGACUGUGGCUUGGGCUCCCUCAGACAGUCCUGAGGCUGACUGGGACUACCUCCAGGGGUGGGCAGUGCCCCUCGCCAGGGCUCUCCCAAGGGUGGCAGAGUCUGCAGGGUAGCAGGAGGCCCAGCCCAAGCCCCCCAGUCCAACGGGGAAGGAAGGGCAUAGCUCCUCUGGGCCAGGGAGUCUGGGGGCCUCCACAGAAAGGAGGGCUGCAGGAGCUUGUGCCCUCUGCUGCCACCCUCCUGGAGCUGCGAAGGGAAUCUGUGCCCACCACCAAGGAGCCCCCCUGUCAAACCCUGGGGGCCCGACUUGUCCUCGGUGCAGAGCCCUCCCCUCGCUGGCAUCGGGGAGAUGGGCCUGGGGCUGGGUCUUGUCCUCUGCUGCCAGCCCUGUUCUCAAGGCUGCCCCUUCCUCUGUGCACUUUAUUUCCUCAGGUUCGGACCCCUCGGGCAGCCACUCCCCCCGCCAGAGUCCCCAACACCAGGGGCGUCCGAGCCCUCGUCUUUCUGGGCCUGUCCUCCGCCGUCCCCCACCCUCGGCCCCCUCCAGGCUCAGUUCGUCUUCCCUGGGAAGCCUCACACUCCUUCCCGCAGGUGGUCAUUUCAUCACCCCCUGCAAAAUCAGCCCCGGCAGCCAUCAUUCAGCAACCCAGCGUCCACCGAGGCUGGUGUGCGCCUCCUCCUGGCAGGGCAGCUCCUAAGUCUGCGGGCAGGAAGGAGUGCGAUGGGCCUGGGUAUCGGGCAUGGCUUCCCAGAUGUCAGGGUGACCUGCUGAGAGGCUCCGAGCGGGGUUCUGCCCCCUUGCGGUAGCUCCCGCCAGUGUUCCUUUCAGCCUCCUCCUAGCUCACCCGGCAGGAAUCAGCACCCGCAGGCGGCCCCGGUCUGGACAAAUGCUCGGAGGGCAGCAAUGCCCCAGCGCCAGGCACGGGAUUUCUGAAUGGAUCCCUUCUCCCAUGAGGCACCCGGCCACGCUCUUUAGCUGCCACGGGCCACACUGGCUGGGUCGGAGCCCCCUUGGUGGUGCCCGGCAGUGCGAUGGGUUUUCAAAGAGCAUCAAGGUGUGACAUCCUGGGCCUUAGAAUCUGGGUCUCUCCCACUCGGGGUGCUUUCUUGACCUCUGGAGCCCUGAGCUGCUGCCCCAGGAGGGCUUGCUAAGCAUCCGGCCAUCAGCACCACGUCCGUGGUCCUUAUCCUCGGUCCCUGGAUCACCAAGAGGCACCACAGGGGAGGCCAUGUCUCCUCUGGGCCCUUGGAUCGGAGCGUUCUCUGGGAGAGAGCCACAGAAGACGGACCCCGGGGUGCUCUACACUCUGCUCCUGUGGCUCCCAGCGACGCCUCAGCCUCUCUCCUCACCGGUCACCCGUGGCAUCUGGGGGGAGGCCGGUUCCCUGUGGGCUCCCCACGAGAAGUGCUGGAAAAGGUCACUGGGCUCCGGGACCCUCCCCUUCUCGCUGCGGGACCAGCGCCAUGGGGUCCCCACUUUAGCCUCUGGCUCCUGGGGGCCUCUCUUGGACUCUGGCUCCUGGGGGCCCCCUUUGGUCUCUGGGUCCUGGGGGCCCCCUUUGGUCUCUGGGUCCUGGGGGCCCCCUUUGGUCUCUGGGUCCUGGGGGCCCCCUUUGGUAUGUGGGUCCUGGGGGACCCCUUUGGUCUCUGGGUCCUGGGGCCCCACUUUAGCCUCUGGCCCCUGGGGCCCCCUUUGGUAUGUGGGUCCUGGGGGCCCCCUUUGGUCUCUGGGUCCUGGGGGACCCCUUUGGUCUCUGGCCCCUGGGGCCCCCUUUGGUAUGUGGGUCCUGGGGGCCCCCUUUGGUAUGUGGGUCCUGGGGGACCCCUUUGGUCUCUGGGGCCCCUGGCAGUUGCAGCCCUCCCAGCUGGCUCUUAUUUGCAUGCAUUGUGGGGGGCGGGCCCAGCUGCCCCGAGGCUCUGGGCGUCCCUGUCAGCCACUCUGCCUCCCUGACAGCCAUGGCCCCCCACCUGCUGGUUCUGCUCUUGAUUCCUGUCCUCCUGGCACGUGAGUGAUCCUCCAUCUCUUUGGCGAGCCAGGCGGGAGGGGCACCCUGGGGGCCACCCGCUGGCAGUGGCCCUUUCUCCUCCCCACCAGCGUGGGCUGUCUCCGAGGCUUGGGCAGAGACAGUAGCCAGGAGGGCCACCAGGUGACCUGGAAGAGGGAUGGGGAGGGGAGGAGGGCCUUCUCAGGAGGCUGAGAAGAGGCUCCGCACCAGCGGGAGUGACCGGAGGAAUGCCAAGGGGCCCCAUCAGGGAGGAGGGCUGCCCACAGAGGAAUGGGCUGGCUCGGGAAGCCUGGUACUGAGCUCCUCAUCCCUGGCAGUGUUCAAGCAACGCACAGAGGCCCGGUGCCUGCUUGUUGGUGUGUGCUUGGACUCAGUGGCCACUGAGAUCCCCAGCUGUGGCAUGGGUACCCUUGAUACAAGGACGAUGGCAUCAGGCUGGUGGAGUCCCAGCGGGCACCCAGCCAGCCCGAAGCUCUGGUGGUGUUUCCGGGCCAGACGGCCAGGCUGCUGUGCUCCCUGCAGCCAGAAGUGGCCAUCUCCGAGCGGGGCAUCUCGUGGUUCCAGCAGUUCCCCG